GAUAAAAUCCGUCAACAGAUUUGUGAUUCCGUGAAUUCCGUGUUCCCCUCAAGAAUUUCCUUUCUCUCUACCUAAUAAUAAUUGAUCAGUGAACUAGGAUAAACGCUUUCGAUCCCUCAGAUCAAACGUGAUUCUGUAUAUCAAAGUAAUCGCUUAUCCAAGUUGGAAACAUCACACUGGGUGUUAUCACUUAUCUGAUGAGAAAAAGUGUCGUGUGAAUUUGAGCAACAAGUGGUUGUGUUUAGGUGUUCUUGUACCUUUUAUAUCACCAUGCCUGUCAGUACUAAAGGUUGGAACAAUGGUAUCCGUAUACUAUGUUUCAUCGGUAUAUCAUUGUCAAUAUAUGCUCUCUACGUUGAAGUAUCAAAGAAACACAAUCCAAACUAUGUCGCUCUCUGCGAUGUCAGUGAACACAUGAGCUGCUCCAACGUUCUCAAUUCAAGUUUCAGCACUGGCUUUGGAAUAUUUUCAAAAGACUCCAUACUAAAUCAACCAAAUAGUUUGUUUGGAAUAAUUUUCUACAGCACAUUUUUCCUAUUGAGUUACCUAAACUUCAAAAUUGUGAGCAAACUUUUAAUCAUCUUAGCUGUUGUUUCCAACAUUUCUUCUGUUUACUUUGCUUGCAUUUUGAUUUUUAUCUUAAAAGAUUUUUGUCUAGUCUGUGUUAGUACAUACUUUGUCAAUGUUGGUCUUCUGUUUUGUUCUAUUUACAAAACAAAAAUUCUGGAUCUAGAAUCAAAGAAAUCAAAAAUCAAGUCGAAAUAGGCUUUAAAUUAAAUAAGCCUGUAGAAUGUACUAAUUUGGGUCAGGGUUUAUUUCUUACAAUAAUUUGUGCUCUCAUGCUUGAUUUUUAUAUUUUUUCAUGAACUGUAAUUCAUACUGUCACUAUUUCUUAAUUGGUCUCUUCCUGUUCGGUUUUUUUGGAAUCCUUAAAAUCUAGUCAUAGGGGUUUUUUAAGUAUAGGUUUUUUAAACAUUUUUUAGACAAAUUUUCAAGUGUUAACAUUACAUUCCUGUUUAAAGUAUGCAAAGUUACAGCCAGAGUUGCCUUUCAAAUCGUUGCUCAGAUUUAGCUGUGAUUUUUUUAUUCUCUUCAGAAUUUGAAUAAAGCAUAAAUUAUCUUCCUAGUA